AUGUAUGUUGCCAUUCAAGCUGUCUUGUCCUUGUAUGCUUCUGGUAGAACCACUGGUAUUGUUUUGGAUUCAGGUGAUGGUGUUUCUCAUACUGUUCCAAUUUAUGAAGGUUAUGCUUUACCACAUGCCAUUUUAAGAUUGGAUUUGGCUGGUCGUGAUUUGACUGACUACUUGAUGAAGAUCUUGAUGGAACGUGGAUACAGUUUCAACACCAGUGCUGAACGUGAAAUUGUAAGAGAUAUUAAGGAAAAGCUUUGUUAUGUUGCCUUUGACUUUGAAACUGAAAUGAAGAAAGCAUCUGAUAGUUCAUCCAUUGAUACUUCAUAUGAAUUACCAGAUGGUAAUAUUAUCACAGUUGGCAAUGAACGAUUCAGAUGUCCAGAAGUGUUGUUCCAACCAAAUUUCAUUGGUAUGGAAGCUGCUGGUGUUCAUGAAACAACUUUCAAUUCUAUUGGAAAGUGUGAUAUUGACAUUAGAAAGGAUUUAUAUGCCAAUGUUGUACUUUCAGGUGGUACAACCAUGUUUGAAGGAAUUGCUGAGAGAAUGAACAAGGAAUUGACAGCUAUGGCUCCAGCCUCAAUGAAGAUUAAGGUUGUUGCUCCACCAGAAAGAAAGUAUUCAGUUUGGAUUGGUGGUAGUAUUCUUUCUUCAUUAUCAACCUUUCAAUCUAUGUGGAUCACAGCAGAGGAGUAUGAAGAUGCUGGAUGUGCCAUCGUUCAUAGAAAGUGUUUCUAA